GUCGACAAACUGGGCAAGUCUGCAAAUUGUCGGUUUGCCGGUUUGCCGAAAAUAUUCGAUUUGUCGGGGGUUUUUUAUAAGACGAAACACUGUGCUUUUUUGAAGUUUUUUCCCCCAUUUUCUUAAGAUAUUUUCAUAGAAUUCGUAUAUUUUUCAAAAUUGAUGUAGGAACAUUCAUAGGAUGCGUGCAAUUUUGUCAAUUAAAAUUGAAAUUCUGAAAUUUCCGAAAAAAUACACAAAACCACAACUUUGAGCAACCUUUUUUUCAAAUUCCUUUUUCCUCUCAAAUUUUACAUGCAUCAUAAUAUUCAUCAUUUGAGGAAAUUUAAAUAUUCAUACUUCAUCAACAUAUUUCGAAAUACUUUUAAUCCCAUUUCACCAACAAUGGACUUGUACAUUUUCUAAUUUGCACUUCCCAAAUCUAUCCUAAAAUCAGUUAAUUGUAAUGGAAACCUUCGAGAGCUCAUCACGCGAUUUUUCGCCACCGGCCACUUCAUCUGACUCACAAACGUGCACACACAAAAUGCGUGCUCAACAUUUGAGCUCAGAAGCUAAGAGAUGGGAGGAGCAGAGACGCACGAGCAUGCACGUCUCUAUGGUAACAUACGGGAGCUAGAGAGUAAGCUUCUCUUCUCUCACUUGCAGACGUUGUCCUCAUUCUCUCUCCUUCUCUCUCACACGUUUCCGGUUUUUCGUUCGAAUUCUAUUCUGGUAUUCCUAUCCCUUGACCUCUCACAAAAAUGGGACUCAUCGAUGUUCUGAAAUCAUUCAAGUCACCCAGUGGCCGCGAAAUCCGAAUCCUUCUACUAGGACUCGACAACGCCGGUAAGACGACAAUACUGAAGCAGCUGUCCUCUGAAGAUGUUCAACACGUCACACCGACCAAGGGAUUCAACGUGAAGACUGUCGCCGCUAUGGGUGACAUACGUCUAAACGUCUGGGACAUCGGAGGUCAGCGAUCGAUUCGUCCGUAUUGGUCCAACUACUACGAAAAUAUCGACACACUGAUCUUCGUGAUCGAUAGUAAUGACAAGAAGCGGUUCGACGAGAUGAACAUUGAGCUCGGCGAACUGCUUGACGAGGAGAAGCUUCGCAAGGUUCCGGUGCUCAUAUUUGCUAAUAAACAGGAUCUUGUCACAGCAGCGUCAUCAGAGGAAAUUACCAGAAAACUAAACCUGGACCUUCUCCGCGACCGCACUUGGCACAUUCAAGCCUGCUCAGCGCUCAAAAACGAGGGCAUCAACGACGGAAUCACUUGGGUUGCUAGUAACCUGAAACCGGCUUCUAAAAAAUAGAUCAUUGUAUAAUCCCACACAAAAAAUCUUCCAGGGAGUAUACAGUAUUACCAGUGUUGCCCUAAGUUAUCAAUCGAGCGCAAGUGCUUCUCUCCCCACCAUCUCUAUCCAUUUACAAUAUCUCUGUGGCAGUCUCUCAUGCUUAGUAUCUCCUUUUCCAUGUUUUUUUCGUAUAUCAGUUAAUAAAUAUCAUACCACGUGGAUUUAUUAAUAAUUUUUUUAAAUAGUGAAUGUAAUUGGCAUUUAUUUAAAAAAAUUAAAUUUCAGACACUCAUCAGCUCACAUCCAAUU